CAGCUGGCGCGACCAAAACAAACAUGGCGGCUGAGGUAAUAACAUCGAAGCUUAUGUGUGUUUUUCUUCGUCUCUCUUGUUGACGCCGUUCGAUUUUUACGGUUUAACACUUUUUAAAACCGUAUUUCUGAGCUGAGGAAACGUUUCCGGAUCAUUCGAUGACCGGAGAGAAGAAAACUACACAGAGGAAGUGAAACGGAAGUGUGCGUCUCUCGUUUGAAACAAAACAUCCGCCUACAGUAACGCGUGUGUAUGUUUUGGGAGCUCGUCGUGUUCGCCGAGCAGAUGGAUAGAACAUGAAAAAGAAAGCAUCUUGUGGUGAAACGAAGCGGGCAAUGGCUGAUGGUUUCGGUUAACGCACCGGACGAGCUGCCGGCCUGAACAAGAUGUAACACCCGAGUGUCUCGGUUCGUAAACAGACUUUACUGCGGGUACAAGCUGAGGGAACCGGGAAGCAGCAGGGAGGGCAGCAUGGGUCUGGUGAACUUUGUCCUCUCCACGGUUGGAAAAUGUCUGGACGCCGUCUGUCUCCUCCUGGACCUGAACUUCGUCGUCGUCCACACCGUGGUGCGGACCCUGCUGGCGGUGGUCACCUUCAUCACCAGCCUGCCCACCCUCUUCCUCAACUCAGUGCUGGAGCUGGCCAACUUCCUCGUCUUUUGCCUGGUGUCCGCGGCGGAGGCGACCACCAACGUGGCCCAGGGCACCGUCACCAUGCUGGGGAGCCUGGUGCUGGCCCUGGAGGGGCUGCUGGAGAGCCUGAAGAUGGUGGGCUACCUGUCCAUGCACGUCCUCCUCCGCGGGAAGGAGCACCUGUGUCGGGGUGUGCUGUCCAUGCUGGAGGGCUGCGGCAUCGCGGUGAGCCUGGUGGUCUACUUCACCAACACCGUGGUGAACUAUGCGCUCAUCGCCACUCAGAACGUGUACCUGGCUGUGGCAGGGGUGUGGCACACGGUCUCCAGCCCGCUGCAGAAGGUGCUGGAGCUGACGCUGACCUCCUUCACCUUUCUGUACAGCAGCCUGGCUGGGACGUCGGCCUUCCUGUGGUCGCCCUGCAAGCUGGUGUUGGACUUUCUGGUUUCACUGGUGCACAUGUUCGUCAGCAUCUUCAUACUGAACAUCUACGGCCUCCUGCUCACCGCCACCAUCGCUCUGACGACCACGGUCUACCUGAACCCGCGGCUGACCCGACAGGCUGCGGCACAGACUCUGGAUUACAUGAACUCCUUUCGUGGUCUGCGCAGACUGCACUUCGCUCUCCGCCGCCUUGCCUCAGCCGCACGGGGCCUCCCACAUUUGCUGCGUGGUAACAUGCGGCGUCUGCGAAGGAUUCUCCAUCACCUCUACCUGCUGGAGACACGACUCUGGCAGCAGCUGUCUCGACACAGCAGCCAAAUAGGCCUGGCGCUGAGGACACACCUCCACAGGGACCACGACAACAGAGUCCGGGGGGAUGGCAACCCCGAUGAAGAGCGGCGGGGCCCGCCAGACGGAAGAGCGGGGGACGGGCUCCACCAAGAGAUGCUGGAUCUGGUGUUCCCCUCCUCCAGCACAGACAGGCCACUGAAGAAGGUGCCGUCUCCAGGCAGUGGCAGCAAACCUCUGCCUGCUGACAACCUGCUGACUCUGCUGAAGGAGCAGGAGGACAGGAAGAAGUGUGUGAUCUGUCAGGACUGCACCAAGACGGUGGUGCUGCUGCCGUGCAGACACCUGUGCCUGUGUAGAGACUGUACAGACAUCCUGCUGAGGCAACCCAUCUACCAACAGAACUGUCCGCUGUGUCGCCGGAUGAUCCUCAACACUAUGGACGUCUAUCUAUGAGGGACCAGGGGGAUCUAAAGGCUCCUGACAAUCAGUAUCUAUACUUACAAGUUCUAACACCACUGAGAUGAUGUUGUAUGAGUUUAGUUUUACUGGGUUUCCUUUAAAUAUAUAUCUGGUGAUAUUCAAAAAAAAAAAUUCUGUCAAUAAAUCCCAUAAGCAAGACAAUGAAUCUUCGCAGACAGCUCAUACAUAUAUUGUUUUUGAUGUUAAAAAUACACUUUUUUUGGUUGGUUUUUGGGGAAUAGGGUAAAGAAAAUACUUGUUAGUGGAUCAAUUUGACAAAAAGCUCUGGAUUAAUUGGGAUUUACUGGUAAUAAAAAAUAGAGAAUAACCGCAGAUGUAUCUCCAAAAAUCUAGUUUCAGAUCUGUGUGGUCAGUUCAGAGGAGAAAUACUAAAGUAAAGAUGCGAACCAGAAAUUAUAUAAUACUUACGCCCUCGGAUGCUUUGGAUGAUAAAUGCCACAACAAAAUAGAGACAAGGUUUGCGGUGUAAUUAUUUCCAUUUUCGAUGAAACUGCUGAUUAUUUUCCAGAUUAAUCACUGAAAUGUAUGAAACAUAAAAAAAUAUUCAAAAACACAACUUUCCAGAGCCCAAAGCAUUGUCCCCAAAAACCUGUUUGUGGGCUGUUGAUUUAUGCAAACAACAGUUGACAAUAGUUUUCCACCACGUGAUAAAAAACAAUGAUUUGUAAUUUUUUUGUGAAGCUGAAAUCAGCAAAUAUUUGUGGGGAAAAUCUGAUAAAGUUAAUCCACUAGCAACAAAUCUGCAGCCUAAUUUUAUUUAUGUUAAGUGAUUAAUUGAUAAAACGUUGUGGCUCUGAAAGAGGCUGCAAAGUGUUUUUUUUUUUCUAAAUUGAAUGGAACUGUUUCACCACUAUUUUCUUUCCUGCUACUUGUUCAUUCGACUGUGGGAUAAUAAACUGGGUUUUGUUCUUGUACUGAUUGUUUCAAAUAUAUGUAAUUUGGUUGCUUUUCAAGUGUGAACGCUUCCUGUAAUCUGGACCUGCUUCACAGCUACAGUCUGUUUCUACCGCUGCUCCUGUCUUAAAAAAUGUGCUUUUAAUAGACCAAGCUGUGAAUACAAACCCAUGCAUGAGUAUACGAGUGAUUACACACACGCUGUAUCUUUAACAGUAUAUUCAAGGUUUUCUGGAUUUGGGGAAAGUCAUUUAUAAUUGUUCAGUCAGUGACAGUAAAAUACAGCUUUAUAAGAUUUAGGUUCUAUUGAUAGAGCUUAUUCCAGUCCUGCAUCAGAGGCCGGUUACAGUCACCACCCACACAUGAUCCAUAAAAGCUUUUCUCUUUCCUCUUGUAUAAAAGGACCAUAAACUAAUAAGCAUUCACAAUUUCAUUUUGUUUCUCAUCUGUAGCUGUUGAAGCUGACGUGUUGUCAUUGAUCGGUGUUUAAAGGGCGAUGGUGCCACUUAAUGUGUUAUCAUUGAUGCCGGGUGGUGUGAAGUCAGAUCUGUGGGACAGGGGCUGUUUGUAACAUGGCCUCAUUUGCUUUUUUGAACAGUUUUUUUUUUUUUUUUAUAUAUAUAUAUAUAUAUAUAAUUUGUAUGAUUAAAGAAAUGUGAUUUCUGCAUUGUUUCUGUGACGGGAGCCAUGUCAUACAUUUUACUGACAUUACUAUGUUUCUUUGGUACCUGACACAGAUAUCAUUAAUGAGAGUGACUGAGUGUGUGAUGAGGUAGCAAAAGAUUUGUGGGGACCAGACUGUAGUCAGAUCUCCCUCAGGUAUUCCUAUAAUGCUAAUGUACAGCAUUCCCUAACUAAAGAUUGCAGUGGAGUGAAACUGCUCACAUGACCAUCAUCUGCUGCUUCCUGCAGGAAUGAUGACCCAGUGCGGGACCAUGCGAUUUGAAGAAUGUAAUUUGUGUGUUUUUUUUUAUUGCUGUGGCUGCCACAUAGUGAGAAGUCAUAUGUUCAUAAUAAAACAACAGUCAAGACUG